UAUCUUGAUGAAGAAUUCGAAGAGGGGGUUAAGAAAGUGGCAGACUCAGUCAAAAAUGCGAAGCUCCCCAGAUGCAAGCACAAUGAUUGUCAAUGCCUUUGUGAGGUGAGAGAUACAGCAGUGUAGAAGAUGAAGUGGUACGCCGUCGCUUCGCUUCUCACCAUCCUUACCAGCUCUCAGGGAAUUUUGACAACACUUUCACAGAGUAAUGGGGGCUAUAAAUAUGACUAUGCCACUGUUCCCUUUCUUGCUGAAGUUUUUAAGCUUCUUGUAUCUAGUGUUCUUCUUUGGAGAGAGCUUCAGAAGUCACCUCCUCCGAAAAUGACCACGGAAUGGAAGAGUGUUCGUUUAUACCCUAUUCCUUCUAUCAUAUACCUCAUUCACAAUAAUGUCCAAUUUGCUACCUUGACUUAUGUGGAUACAUCCACAUACCAGAUAAUGGGCAAUUUGAAGAUUGUCACAACUGCGAUACUAUUCAGGCUGUUUCUGAGGAGGAAGCUUUCUAAUUUGCAGUGGAUGGCAAUUGUUCUAUUGGCUGUUGGAACAACCACAAGCCAGGCUAAAGGCUGUGGAGAGGCUUCAUGUCACUCCCUCUUUUCAUUUCCAAUGGAGGGUUAUAUGUUGGGAGUUUUGUCUGCUUGUCUUUCAGCAUUGGCUGGUGUUUAUACAGAGUUCCUGAUGAAGAAGAAUAAUGACAGCUUAUACUGGCAGAAUGUUCAGUUGUAUACAUUUGGUGCAAUUUUCAACAUGGCACGGCUUCUCUUAGAUGAUUUUAGAGGUGGAUUUGAAAAAGGACCAUGGUGGCAACGCCUUUUGAGUGGAUACAGUAUCACAACAUGGAUGGUGGUGUUAAAUCUGGGUUCUACUGGGCUUCUGGUUUCUUGGUUAAUGAAGUAUGCUGACAAUAUUGUGAAGGUGUACUCUACAUCAAUGGCAAUGCUGCUGACAAUGGUAUUAUCCGUGUUCCUCUUCAAUUUCAGACCAACGUUGCAGCUUUUUCUGGGUAUCAUUGUCUGCAUGAUGUCGCUACACAUGUAUUUUGCCCCUCCAAACAUGCUUGUGGAUUUGCCUUUGACGGUGAAGGCAGCUCCUGAGAGUAUCAUUGAAGUUUCUGUUGAUCGAAGAACAGAUUCCUGAUGUGUCAUCUUCAUCAUAUCCAGAAAUUUUUUGGUAUGUCUGCAUGUGUAAGAAAAAUUAGUUACAAGUUCUUUUUCUGAUGAAGUCUGUCAGAUUAUGUAGAAAAUCACCAAAGACAAGACAUUCUAACAGGAUUUGGGAUAGAAAAUUUGUUAGAACAUUACGGAACUGGCUAUUUGCCCUGUAAAACUUCAAUUUGGUCCUAUUACUUACCCUUUUGAAAUUUUAUUUCAUCUUUGGUUGCAG